GACAUUUGUCCAUCUUUGUUUACAUAUCAAUUUUCACUUCAGCCAAAAAUUGGAUUUUCGCACUGAACUAUAGGAUUUUUUUUUCUAAUAUUCAUAUAAAAUGUGUACAUAAAACCAAAUCCUGUGGCGUAGAUUACUUAUGGACAUAAUGGCUACAAGAAAGUGCAACCUAUCGAUGAGCUCUUCUUCACCAUUAAGUAAAUUUACAAUUUAGGAUUGAUAGAUAGCGUUCGUUGCUAUGAGACUCUGCUUCCUGCCGCGACUUACCGGUAAAUUCCGGAUUCGAUGUUGCUGCUUAGUAACAAUUCUGGCAUCAAUCACUUUAUUGUAUCUAAUAGUUAAUUUGUUAAUAACGCAUACAUCUAUAAACAAAUGUACAAAAUGCUACGAAACCAUUGACGUGGUUUACACGUGGGUAAACGGUAGCGACCAAAGAUUCCUGGAUCGGCUUAAACUUUACGCACUAGUUAGAGAUAAAGCAAGAUAUGACGACAAGAAUGAACUGAAGUACUCGUUGAGGUCUCUCGAGAAGUUUGCGCCCUGGAUCAGAAGAGUCUACAUCGUAACCAACGGACAAAUUCCGUUCUGGCUCAAUCUGGAUAAUUCCAGAGUGCAAAUCGUUCAACACACAGACAUAGCAGAUGAGGAUACUGCAUUGCCCACAUUCUCCAGUGCCGCAAUAGAGACGUUCAUUCACAAGAUACCGGGCCUUUCGAAGAACUUUCUAUAUUUGAAUGAUGACAUCUUCUUGGGAGCACCACUCUUUCCAGAUGAUCUGAUAACGCUAUCGGAAGGCGUAAAAGUUUUCACGGCUUGGCAAGUGCCAGAUUGUGCGACAGAUUGUCCGUGGAUGUUCGUCGGUGAUGGAUCGUGCGAUAGCCAUUGCUAUGUGGAAGAGUGCCAAUUUGACGGAGGCGAUUGUGAUCAUCCGGACUAUCAGAAUCAUAUGCAUGAAUUAGAGGAUUACAACGUGUCCACCGAGGGAGAGGAUACAUUCAUCGAUGUACCGAAAACGUUUCCUAGAACUGCGAGAAAAGCAGAUAAUAUAAGGGAUAUUUAUGAGAUGUUCAAACGAACCAAUGGUUCUUCCACCAAACUACUGGUUGAAAAGUUUAACAAGGAAAAACUGAAAAGCAGUAAAUCAAACACAAAGAAAAGCUCCAGUUCUGAUCACGAUAGAAAUGACAACAAUGAAGAGAAACUAUCAAACUCGCAGGAUAUUUUUGCGCAUUCGUUGAUCCAUACGAAUAAAGUUUUCAAUCACGCAUAUGGUUAUAAAAAUCGCAAAGUACUUGCUCACGUUGGAUUUCUACUGAAUGUGAAUAUAAUAGAGGCCAUGUUGCAACGGUUCCGGAAGGAAUUCUCGGUUACCAAAAGUCAUCGAUUUCGAGAGAAGAACGAUUUGCAAUAUGCAUUCACGUACUACCACUUCUUGAUGAGCGAGAGUCGGAACAAAAGCCUUUCGGAGAUUUUCGAUGAUUUCGACACAGAUGGAUCCGGCACUUGGUCAGACAGAGAGAUUCGGACGCUGCUGACCAAAAUUUACAAUCUUCCUCUAGACUGGUCGGCUGUGAGGUACUUUGAAGAAGUUGUGACAAACUGCUCACUACAACAGAAUAACUUUAUUCCUCUAGAGCACCAGGUUGAACAGAAACUAGUCUACUCUACUUUAGUUUAUGAACGAUAUGAAGAUUCUACCAUUCCCACAGUCACGAAAAACCUAGUUUUGGCAUGUCACGAGCUAACGGAAAUGAUGAAGAUGAACUUUGCGCAAACCCCGCUGUAUAAAUACCACGUGAAUCAAAAGACAGGCAUUUAUAGCAACUUUAAAAUGCUGACUUCGAACAUCACACAAGUCGUCGAUGCUCUGGAUGAACUAAGGAAGAAUCCCAAAAAAUUCAACUGCAUCAAUGACAACCUGUCCGAGAAUAACCCAGAUGAAAAUCAAUUGAUCUCAGCACUUCUGGAGGAUUUCUAUCUCUCGCUCUUCCCCGUCCGUAGUCAAUUUGAGUUGGAGAACAACUAUCGUAACAGAUUUCAGUACUACGACGACUAUCGGGCUUGGUUCGCCCGGAAAACAUUGUUUCGCAAUGGAGUGUAUGCUAUUUGCAUGGUUGCAUUCUUGCUAUGUGUCAAAUUAUUAUGCUUCCGGCACAAAGGUAAAUUUGCCCGAACUUUGGUGUUCCUUAGUAGUCGAACUGAUUACAGCACCAUAUGACGAUUGCACUAUUAAUUGUAGGAAUAAUUUUAGGUAGAAUAAUAUUUGCUUUUAUUUAUUUACUAGAACAUGAAAAAAGAAAGUGUAACACUGAAAUAAACUUCAAUCAAAUGAA